GAACCGAUGCCUGCCGCCCAGGAGGACGGAGCUGAGCGAGCAGGGGCCGAGGGGAGCGAGGAGAAGGGGGAAGGGGCCCGGGAGGAGGAGGACCCCUCCCCAGACGCUGUGAAGGAGAAGAAAGAGGACGAUGAUGGGGAGAUCGAAGACGGGGAGAUUGAAGAUGAUGACCUUGAAGAAGGUGAGGUUAAGGACCCCAGUGACAAGAAGGUGAGGCCUCGUCCCACCUGCCGCUUCUUCAUGAAAGGAAACUGCACCUGGGGCAUGAACUGCAUGUUCAUCCACCCUGGCAUCAACGACAAGGGCAACUACUCCCUCAUCACCAAAGCCGAGCCCUUCCCGCCCAACGGCUCCCCACCGCUAGGUCCGCCGCCGCUGAUGCCCGCCGAUCCCUGGGGGUGCCCAGUAGUUGAUGAGAUUCUGCCUCCACCACCUCCCGCGCCCGCGACACAGAUUGCAUGGGAGCGAGGACUCUGGCACGCCAAGGAGGUUUCUAAAAAAGCCGAUAUCCGGAAGGAGCAGGAGCCUGACUUGGAAGAGAAGAGGCUCACUGUGACCAUCGGCGAGGACGAGCGCGAGUUCGACAAGGAAAACGAGGUGUUCCAAGACUGGAACUACCGGAUCACCAGGGACGUCCGAGAUACAGCACUUGAGCCUUACACAGACCCGUACUGUGAUUAUGAAAUCGAGCGGUUCCAGCGUGGCGGCCAGUACGAGAACUUAAGGGUGCAGUCCACAGAGACAGAUCCGUACUCCAACUACCGGGACCGAGACCAAGAGCGGAAACUGGAGCGCUGGCAGCGGGAGCAGGACCGGGACAAGGAGCGGCAGCGGCAGAAGAAGGAGCGGGAGCAUUGGGAGCGAGACAAGGAGAAGGUCAAACCCCGCUCCCCGAAGAAGGAGACUGCAUCUGCAGGUCCUCAGGUGAAGCAGGCAGAUGAGUGGAAAGACCCUUGGUGCAGAUCCAGGUCUCCCAAGAAGAAACUUGGGGUGUCGGUCUCCCCCAGCCGUGCACGAAGGCAUCGAAAAACAUCGGUCUCCUCAGCCUCUGCCUCCAGCUCCUCCAGGUCCUCCUCGCGGUCAUCCUACUCCUACUCCAGCUCCAGCUCCAGCUCGUCAAGGUCCCAUUCCAAGUCUUCGUCUUACAGCUCCUACUCCAGACGGUCUUCCAGACACAGCUCCUUCUCAGGCAGCCGCUCCAGGUCCAGCUCCUCCUCCUCCUCGCCAUCUCCAUCCCCCCACAGGCCCACCAUCAGAGCCAAGGGGAAGGCAGCCCCGCAGCCGGGGAAAGUGCGGAGGAAGCUGCUGAAGAAGCGCAAACCACCACCUGCCCUGCCUCAGGCCACCAAAACCACUGCCCACAUCCUUGAGCCCCCCAAGCGCAGGGACCCUCGGAAAGCUCGGAGGAAGCAGCGGCAAGCGAGGACGCCCCUGAGGAGGCGGACGCGCAGCAGCAGCAGCAGUGGUAGCCGCAGCAGCUACAGCAGCUACAGGGGCUCAAGUUCCAGAUCCAGGUCCCGCAGCGUGAGCAGUGUCUCCUCCGUGUCCAGUGCCACGUCCAGCAGAAGCUCAGUGCGCAGCGUGGACUCGGAAGACAUGUAUGCUGACUUGCCAAGCCCUGUGUCCUCAGCCAGCUCAGGGUCCCCCACCCCUGCCCAGAGCAGGAAGGAAAAAGCAGGAAAAGAUGUCAUUAAAAAGAAGCGGAAAAGGGACUGGUCUGCACAAUGCACCAAGGCAGGCAGCCAGUCCUCACAGCAGACCUCCACCCCGCAGCAGGCGCGCCCAGGCCAGCCUGCUCCGGCCACGUUCAUUGCCCCAAAGAAGAUCAAGCUGACACUGCUCGACAACGCCUCGGAUAAAGCAGUCAGGAAGCGCUGCGAGCCCUCAGACAAGGACCGGCCCAGCCCCCCUCCAGCCAAGCGAGCCACCCUGUCCCCGGACCGAGCUUCCCGCUACCAGAAAUCGGGGGGCAGGCUUGGCUCCCCGCAGCCUGAGAGGCAGAGAGGACAGAACCCAAAAGCUCCCUCAACACAGCCUGACAGGAAGCGCCAGCUGUGGCCACCACAGGCCAAGGGCUCCAGCAAGGUGACCUGCGUGCCUGGUAAGGCGGGCGCGCCCGGCCUCAAGGCGGCCAAGGCCAGCACGCUGUCUCGGCGCGAGGAACUGCUGCAGCAACUCAAGGCCAUAGAGGAUGCCAUCGCCCUCAAGCGAGCCAAGAUCGCAGGCUAG